CGUGACGUCGUACGUAAAUAAGUUGAUCAGGCUGUUAUUAGCUCGGUUGUUUUCCUCCUUUAGUGUGAUCAUCCGCUUCGGUUAUAUUAAUGUCAGGGCUAAUUUUACAUACAAACACGGAGUUAAAACGGUACUAAUAUUUUAUCCGACACAUUAGGAUAUGCCAUCCGACUUUGUAACGUAAAUACAAAGUGAGCCUCGUCUGGACAACAAACCGAGUCUUUAGGCAACCUGCUAACCGGGGUUAGCACCACAAAUCUCCACGCUGUGUGCACACAUUCUCUUCCAUCUUUUCUUCGUCUGUAGUCGGCCUUGUAUUCUGUCACCGCUUUCAGUCCGUGGUGUCGCCAGGAGAGAAUGAACUGGCUUUUCCCCCUGUCCAAAGGCUCCGGACCUCUCCCCCCUCUGAACAGCCUACAGCAACAAAGACAGCGGCAGAUCGAGUCGCUGAAAUCCGCUCACCCAAGCCUUGCAGAGAUCCAGAAAGAUGUGGAGUACAGAAUACCAUUCACAGUCAACAACUCCACCAUUAGUGUUAACAUUCUGCUGCCUCCUCAGUUCCCUCAGGAGAAACCGGUUGUUAGUGUCUAUCCUCCCGUUGGUCAUCAUUUAGUUGACAGCAAUAAUGGCACCAUGAUCACAAGCCCCCUCAUCACUAAUUUUGGGAUGCAUUCAGAUCUGGGCAAGGUCAUUCAAAGUCUGCUGGACGAGUUCUGGAAAAGUCCGCCUGCCUUGAUGUCCACCGGCCCUCCUGGCUUUCCAUACAGCAUUUACAAACAAUCAGGCAUCGCUCCCUACCCUACUCAGGCUUACCACUAUGGUCCUCGCCACGUGGGUCCCAGCCAGACUCCGCCUCCUGGUCCGGGCCCAGCACCAUCUCCAGCUCCUAUGCCUCACCCGGGGGUCGAUAGUGCCCAUGGGCCCCCUCGAGCUCCUGCCCCAUAUGGACUGAUAUCUGACCUGCCACUGCCUGUACCUACUGCAGACUCACAGGCUGGACUGAACGGACACAUGUACAAGAUGCCUGAGAUUCCCGAGACUUUUCCUGAACUCUGUGAAAUGAAUCUGGCCCAGCUGUCUGAUAUGUCUGAUAACGAGGACGUGUUACUGGAGUUCUUUGUGAGUUUACCACAGCUCAAACAAGUCACCAGUGAUAAAGAAGAACUGGUCACCAACAUAGUGGACAUGGCUAAGAAGAACCUUCAGAUGGAGCCACAGCUGGAAGGAAAAAGACAAGAGAUGCUCUACAAGUAUGAACAGCUGACUCAGAUGAAAUCGGCCUUUGAGACAAAGAUGCAGAGACAGCAUGAACUCAGUGAGAGUUGUAGUCUAAGCACUCUGCAGGCUCGAUUAAAAGUUGCAGCCCACCAGGCAGAGGAGGAGUCGGAGGAGACGGCCGAAAACUUCCUGGAGGGACGCACCGACAUCGAUGAAUUCCUGACCAGCUUCAUGGAAAAGAGAACGCUUUGCCACAGCAGACGGGCCAAAGAAGAGAAGUUGCAACAGUCCAUCAACACACAUGGACAGUUUCCUACCAGCCACUAGAACACAAGGUUUGGUGUUUUCUCAGCCAACUGCUGCCAACUCAAAGGAAAAAGACAGUAAAGGGGCCGAAAAGCACACUGAGUCAACAAUGGGCACUUUGGAGAAAUAAGAAGAUAACAAAGGCAGUGCUGGGCUAAAAAUCAGAAGCCCGUUGUGUCCAGAUUUGAGCUUCAAAAGAAAACUGUUGAUUUUGGAUCGUGUGAGCGCAAGAUGGAGAAACUUUUGAGUCACCACAGGAGGCCAGAACUGGGGGAAUGAGCGACACAUGCCUAGAUGUUCCAGUCACAUUACUAAGGACGGAUCACAUUGUGGAUAAUUUUUUAUUUUUUUGCACAUUCAGUUUGUCCAGUUUUGACUUGACAGUGAUGACAAGAGUUUUGUUUCUUACUCGGAUUCAUGUCACGUUGCUCAGUUCAGAGCAACACCUGCACUUGAUCAGAGUGUUUGGUGACGUGAAAGACGAAAGUACAAAUUGCUUAGCACAGUAUUCCAAUCUUACAUUUCUCCAUGCAGUGAGCAAGUUAAUAUCACUUAAAAAUUGUUGUGAAAUGCUGAUGUUGGUGUCUGUACUAUCCAUCUCUGAGAUCAGUGUCCGGUCCUUGCUUUUUUUUGUCCCUCAGAGGAAAUGCUGUGCGAAUAUUUUCGCUCACAUUGAAAAAGUUGUUCUUGACAUUGACAUAAAUCAAUCUGGGGUUUAAGAACAAAGAAGAGAAGCAAGGAUGGGACACUGUUGUCAGCAGACCUUUGACUCGGGCUGUUAAAACUGCACAUCUUAAAAGUGGUUGAUUCUUGAUCAGGUUGUUGGGUUUCCCAUUUUGAGCAAAUCCGACACACAGCCUGAUUAUCAGUGUGUUUGCAUAGACACGUAUAAUUCGUUGGAUCAUAUUAAGGCAGCGCUCUGAUAACCCCGUAAAAAUGUAUCUACUGUAUGUCAUAAUAGUCUUGUUUCAAAAUCAACCUCGACCAAAUGAUGAAUAACUGUCGUCUUUAGAGUUGCUGUCUUUGAAUCCUACCUGUCACACUGUAAACAGGAUGCUGACAUGAUUUGCGGUUGUGGUUCAUCUUAUUCGCACAGAGAACAAACACCACUUCAGUUAGCUUUUGUGUUUCACAGGUGGGAUGAUUCCUACAGAAUACUCAAAACUAUUUUCAUCAAUUCUAGGGGUUUUACAUUUAUCGAGUUAUUUAUGUGGAUGCAAACAGACUGAUUGCCACUUUUCUCUGACGUGCGCUGUUAUAACAGCCCGACUGUUUUGACGCCUUUUGAACUUGAAAUUGCUGAUGAAAAGCCUCCGAAGAUAUGGGAUAAUGUCGAGGAAUAUUAGGUUAAAUGCUGCAGUAACACUCGAUGACAUUGGAUACUGUAUUUAAAUAAUAUUAAUAAUAGGCUAUAUUGUAAUCAAAGACUCAGACACCUUGUAUUAUAUGUUCUUAUUUAAUUUGUUAGAGUAAUAAAGCAUUUAGAAUAAA